GAGAGAAGAGCGGGGCUGCGGGGAGCCGAGCUCGGGUGCGCGACCGGCCGCGCUCCGGGGCGGGCGCGGGGAAGAUGCUGAGGCGGGUCCGGGUGCGGGGCCAGCGGCCGCGGGCGGGCCCCAGGGGCCGGGCCGGGAGCCGCCUCUGCCCGCCGCCCCCGCCGCUCGCCCGGCCCCUCGGCCGGGGCUUGUCGCGGGGCAGCGGCCGGCAGAGACGCCGAGUGACCGGCGAGGGGACAGGGAGGAGCCAGGGAGCCGCCACCCGGGGCGCGGGGACAGGGACGGGCGGGCAGAGACAGCGGCACGGCGGGGAGGGAAGCGCCGGGAGGGGACCGGAGGGGGACACAGAGCGGUGGAGUGUUGAGAACCGAGGAGACGCGGAGAGAGAGCGGCGGGGACUCCCGGCUGCCGCACAGGAGCGCAUCGGUACAGGCUCUGCCCGCUUUCUUCCCCCACCCUGCCCCAGGCUCGAUGCGGGCCGGCGCUGGCCAUGGAGAAGCUGUACCUGGCGGGGAGCAGCACCUGGACCAUCAACAGCUCCCUGGGGAACGGCAGCCUCCGGCUGGAGAACCUGAGCGCCGGCAGGAACAGCACCGCCGACCCCCUGAAGAGGAACGAGGACAUGGCCAAGGUGGAGGUGACAGUCCUGUGCCUCAUCCUGUUCCUUGCCCUGACCGGCAACCUGUGCGUGCUCCUGGCCAUCCACACCACCCGCCACAAGCACUCCCGCAUGUACUUCUUCAUGAAGCACCUGAGCAUCGCUGACCUGGUCGUGGCCAUCUUCCAGGUGCUGCCCCAGCUCAUCUGGGACAUCACCUUCAGGUUCUACGGGCCAGACUUCCUCUGCCGCUUGAUCAAGUACUUGCAGGUAGUGGGAAUGUUUGCUUCCACCUACAUGCUCCUGCUGAUGUCCCUGGACCGGUGCUUGGCCAUCUGUCAGCCACUGAGGUCCCUGCACAGGAGAGCUGACCGGGUCUCUGUCCUCCUCACCUGGCUGCUGUGCCUGCUGGUCAGCAUCCCUCAGAUCCACAUAUUUUCUCUAAGGGAUGUGGGAAAUGGGGUUUACGACUGUUGGGCAGACUUCAUCCAGCCCUGGGGACCGAAAGCCUAUGUUACCUGGAUCACCCUCAUGGUCUAUAUCAUCCCUGUGUUGAUGCUGAGCAUCUGCUACGGCUUAAUCAGCUUCAAAAUCUGGCAGAACGUGAAGCUGAAGACGGCUCACGGGCCCAGCACGGGUCUGGGCUCGGGCUCCCGCAGUGGGAUGGUGUUUGCCAGGGUCAGCAGUACCAGGCUCAUCUCUAAAGCCAAGAUCCGCACAGUUAAAAUGACCUUUAUCAUCGUGCUGGCGUUCAUAGUGUGCUGGACUCCCUUCUUCUUCGUGCAGAUGUGGUCUGUGUGGGACACCAACGCCCCGCAGGAAGCCUCCCCGUUCAUCAUCGCCAUGCUCCUGGCCAGCCUCAACAGCUGCUGCAACCCCUGGAUCUACAUGCUCUACACUGGGCACCUCUUCCAUGACCUGAUGCGCCGCUUCCUCUGCUGCUCCACGCGCUACCUCAAGUCGCGGCCGGCGUGCGACCUGGGCAGGAAGAGCAACUCGUCCUCCUUCGUGCUCAGCUGCAGGAGCACGAGCCAGAGGAGCUUUGGGCAGCCCUCCACGACGUGAGGCCGUGGCCGCCGGGCCUUGUGCCUCUGCUGUGCUGCCCGCGGUGCUUCCCUGUGGAAAGCGGGGCCCGGACACGGAGGGGGUCUAUAAAUAGGUGUAUAUAUGGCUGUCAGCAUGUACAGAGGGCCUUAUUUAACUGAGACACGCGUGGGGGAGGAAUUUUGUGUCCAAGUUUCAGUGCUGCCUGUGAUUAGACAGCAGGAACCCGCUCCUGAGCCCCAAACCCUGACAUCAGUGGCCUACAGAUGCCAGCAGGAGGGAAAAUGAUCCGGUGCUGCUGGGGCAGGUGUGGUGUGUUCCUGUGGGAUGGAAGGCGCUGCUGGAGCACAGGGAGAUGGGUGUCACCCCUGGUGCACGGCUGGGACUGUCCCACCUCCACCUGCAGCAGCAUCCUGUGGGAUGCCAGCGCCUGGCACCACACACUCAGCACAGGAGCACUCGCUUCCCUUGCAGCCUGUGGGGCAGAGGCAGCCCCGUUCCUGCAUCCCUGCAUCCCUGCAUCCCUGCAUCCCUGCACCAUGCCAGCCCUGCAGCCCUGCAGCCCUCCACCAUGCCAGCCCUGCAGCCCUGCAGCCCUCCACCGUGCCAGCCCUGCACCAUGCCAGCCCUGCACCAGUCCUGCACCAUGCCUGCUAUGCUCCCCCUGCCUGGGGCAGAGACCAGGGCACUCUGGGGGGCAGCAGGACCAGCCUCGAAGGGGCAGUGCUGGCCCGGGUGUCCCCAGCCCAGCCUGUGGCCAGUGAGGCUGUGCAGAGGGUCGCCAGGAGCCUGGAGGGGGCAGCGCUGGCCCGGGGUCUGGGCAGAGGUGCCUGGCCGAGUGCUGAGCAGCCUGUGCACAGGAGGGUGGGUGGGAUCCGGGCUGGGCUCCCUGGCUCGGACAGGGACACUCCAAGGCCGGGCUGGGCUCUGGGGUCUCUGUGGGUCCCACGGUGUCUCCCAUGGCCCUGGUGCCCUUCGCUUGCUCUCCAGUGCACGGGGCACGCCCACAGCACGGACUGUCGUUGUUAACAAAUACUGUAAAUAAAGUUUUCUGACUGUGUCUGGAGGAAGGCAGGAGGGAGGCGUUGGGGGAGCACUGGCUGAGGGAAUGAAGGGAAGCAAGGCAGGAGCACUGGGAGAGCCCAGCCCGGCAGUGCUGCCCUCGGCUGCCCCAGCACUGCCACCCACACCUGCCCGCACAGUGCUGGCUGCGGCACUGGCACCACAGAGAGACACAGCCGGGGCUCUCAAAGGGGGUGUAAUUUGGCCUUUCUUGAUGGGAAUGAACAUGAAAAAUUCAUUUAAAUGUGUUCUUUAUGUCUUCACUGUCACCAGUGGGUCCAUUUGCACCUUCUCUAUGCUGACAUCCCUUCGAUUUUCUUGUGGGAGC